CUCUCUUCAGAAUUGGUUUCAUAUAACGAUCUGUGUGAUACACAGUUUAAUUGAUAUAUGAAUCGACAAAUACCAAUAAAAAUCGCUGUGAAUGAAUAUGUAUAGAUAACGAAAAAUACGCGGGUCAAGGUACAACCACGACAUGCCAUAUUGCCAUGUGGCUUCAACCCCCACAUAUAAGUCCACGACAUUGCAGGACAUAACGAUCAUAAAAUUUGGAGGAAAUACAAAUAUAGAAGAAUGGAAGAAUUGGACAUAGUAAUCGUGGGAGGAGGCAUUGCUGGUCUUGCAACUUCCCUUGCUCUUCACAGGUUCACUAUAAUCUCCUCAUUUUCUCAAUUAUAAGGUAAUUUAAAUUAGAAAACAUAUACAUGAACUAUUGACUAACUAAACAUACAAAUAUGAUUAUAAAGGAAGGGCAUAAAGAGCGUUGUGUUGGAGAGAUCAGAGUCUGUAAGAUCGGAAGGAGCAGCAUUUUGGUAUUCAGACUAACGGCUGGCUUGCUCUUCAACAACUUGGUGUCGCCGAUAAGCUAGCUUCGUCUUAAGUCUCUCCCAAUUCAUCAGUAAGUAUAUAAAUAUUUAUAUUUUAACUAACCUUAUCUAGUUAUAAUGAUUUCCGGUAUGGUACUAAAACAGGAUAAGAGAUGUUUUGAUCGAGAAAGGUAUUAAACGAAGAGAAUCGGUUGGACCAGCAUCCUAUGGAGAAGUAAGAGGUGUACUAAGGAACGACUUGGUUCGAGCUUUGGCUCAUGCUCUUCCUCUUGGCACUCUCCGGCUUGGUUGCCAUAUUUUGUCGGUUAAGCUCGACGAAACAAAAUCGUUUCCGAUUGUGCACGUUAAAAACGGGAGAAGCUAUCAAAGCAAAGGUUUUGAUUGGCUGCGAUGGGUCAAAUUCUGUAGUCUCUAGAUUUCUAGGAUUAAACCCGACUAAAGACCUCGGUUCGCGGGCCAUCAGAGGGUUCACAAAUUACCCGGACGACCAUGGAUUCCGACAAGAGUUUAUAAGAAUCAAGAUGGACAACGUCGUAAGCGGACGACUUCCUAUAACUCACAAACUCGUCUUUUGGUUUGUUGUUUUGCGAAAUUGUCCCCAAGACUCAAACUUCUUAAAAAAUCAAGAGGAUAUCGCAAGAUUGGCACUAGCAUCAGUCCGCGAAUUCUCAGAAGAGUGGAAAGAGAUGGUGAAGAAUUGUGAUAUGGACUCUUUGUAUAUCAACCGUUUAAGGUACCGUGCUCCUUGGGAUGUUCUGUCUGGAAAAUUCCGACGUGGCACCGUGACAGUUGGCCGGAGACAGUAUGCACCUAAUGGGCCCAUUCUUAGGACAAGGAUGUUCGGCUGCGCUUGAGGACGGUGUUGUUUUGGCUAGAUGCUUGUGGAGGAAGUUAAAUUUAGGUCAAGACGGUAUAAUUAAUGUAUCUUCCUUCUCUUCAAGGAUGCAAAUAGAAGAAGCAAUUGAUGAGUACAUUAGGGAAAGAAGAGGUAGACUCGUGGGGCUUUCGACACAAACUUAUCUUACCGGUAGUUUAAUAGCAGCUUCUUCGCCGGUUAGGAAGCUAUUGCUUGUAGUUAUGUUGAUGAUUCUGUUUCGUGAUCAAAUUGGUCAUACUCGAUAUGAUUGUGGCAGUCUAUAAAUUUAUCUUAUGUACGAACUGUCUAAAUUGCGAGAGUUGUGUGCUUCGUGAGAUGAUUGUAUCAUGAGGUUGGUUACUCAUUGUUCUUGCGAAUGUUUCCUGUUUGUUCGCUUCUGAUAAUUUUUGUUCGAUUAUUAAAAGAACUAUGAUAUUAGUCUUUCUCACUUGUGAGUUGUGAAAGACAAAAGAAGUCCAAUCAAAAACUUAUUUAAGAAAA